UCAUCAGAUCAAGUUUCAUGUUGCAUCCAUUCUCCAAAAUUCAACUUUCCUUCGCAUCUAUUCACUCACAUUGAAAUAAAAUAAUGGAAACUGGACCGUGUCAGCCGGCAUCUUAUUUUGGCACGAUUUUUGGGGAAAAACAGCGAAUCAAUGUGCGCAGUAGGGGUUGAGAGUCGAGGACCGCCGCACCGAGACCCCGAGUAAAAAUAAGCAAGGCAGAGUUGAUUUGGACGUCAGAGAGCCCGGUUAGUCUGUCAAAAUGGCGCUGCCGAGAGCGCUGUGCCGCGUUAGAUGCCUAUUUAUCAACGAUAUUUCCGUGUUUCCAAAAUAUACAGUGCUUAUUAAUAGUGGUCCCGUUAAUAAAUACGUGCGGUUACAGCUAACACGGGACUUUAGGACUAAUAUUUCUAGUGUAGUGCGUAAUAUGAAGGAACAUAGUAAGGAUCAAGACAUGGAUACCGGUUCAUCGUCCACUUCAGAUACUGACAGUACAGACAGUGAUUCAGAUGAGGAGGACGUGCCUUGAGCGGGAUUGGACGCGAUGGGGUGAUGUCUGCUAGGCCAUGGCCAACUUUGAAACGUGUAACGCGCGGCGAAUGGUAUCGAUUGCUGGUGACCCCGCGGUUGCGGUAAAAGAAAACAGCCUGUAUGUGAUGGUGUAUAAAUAUUUUUCGAAAAUUGUUUUUCGGUAUGAAUAAAAUUUUGAGAAUAAAGAUGUACAUGUAAUUGAAAAAAA